AUGCAAUUAACGGGCCCACACGGUAUUGCAUACAAUGCAAUUAACGGGCCCACACCAAAAAGUCUAGGAAACCUUAAUGAUCUUGAAAAAUUUUCGGCAUCUGCCAAUCCACUUGGAACUAAUAGCGGGAAUGAAUUGCAUAACAUUAUUAAUACGUUGUCCAACUGUUCCAAUCUACGAGAGUUGGGUUUAGGUGAAAAUAACUUUAGUGGUUUGUUGCCCCAUUCCAUCGCAAAUCUCUCAAAAUUUCUGAGUUAUUUGGAUCUUGGAGAAAACUAUUUAUUUGGAAGCAUACCUGCUGGGAUUGAGAACAUUCUGAACUUACAGUAUUUCGCAGUAGUGGAUAACAUGUUUAGCGGCAGUAUUCCUGAAUCCAUUGGUAAACUCUCCAAGAUGGAACAAAUUUACAUGUACACAAAUAACCUUUCAGGAAAAAUCCCAUCCUCCAUUGGAAACCUCAGCCAGCUAAGCAUCCUUGCCCUUGCUGACAAUAAGCUAGAGGAAAGGAUACCCGACUCCUUGGGAAAUUGUAAACGUCUUCUAGCAAUUGAUCUAUCGUUCAAUAACCUCAUCGGAACGAUACCUGAACAAAUUUUCGAGCUUUCAUCCCUGUCUAUUGGUCUCUUCCUAGUUGAUAAUCAGUUAACAGGACCGAUACCAAUGCAAAUCGGUAACUUGAGAAAUCUUGGAAAGCUGUACUUAUCAAAUAACAAAUUAUCAGGAGCAAUCCCAGCAACUCUUAGCAGUUUCCAAGUGUUGGAACUCCUUUCUCUCGAUGGAAAUCAUUUUGAAGGUCCGAUUCCCGCAUCCCUCAAUCAAUUGAAAGGUAUUCGAUUCCUAGAUCUGUCUCGCAAUAAUUUGUCUGGACAAAUUCCCAAGUUCUUAGGAGAGUUGAGACUUGAAAGUCUCAACCUUUCAUACAAUAUGUUCGAAGGUGAAGUUCCAAUUGAUGGAUUGUUCAAGAAUGUUAGUGCUUUUUCAGUUGUCGGGAAUAGCAAGCUGUGCGGAGGAGUUGAAGAACUGCAGCUUCCUGCUUGUCCAGCAAACGUAUUGCAGAAAAAGAAAGGACUUCUCAACAAUAAAGUGAUUAUACCGGUAAUCACUACGUCGUUUAUUGUUGUGAUCCUACUCUGUGUCGCAACAAUUACUUUUCGAAUUAGAAGGUCAAGAAGAGAAAUUUCUUCGGCCUUACCUUUUCAAAGGGAGUUCCCGAAACUCUCCUAUGCAGAACUUCACCAAGCAACCAAUGGGUUCUCUUCUGACAACUUGAUCGGUGAGGGAAAAUAUGGUUCUGUUUUCAAAGGGAUUCUUGACUCUACUGGACAAACAAUUGCUGUGAAGGUAUUGAAACUUCAAGAACGUGGUGGGAAUAGGAGUUUCCAAGCAGAAUGUGAAGCACUCAAGAACAUUCGCCAUCGCAAUCUUGUCAAGAUAAUCACAUCUUGCUCAAGCAUCGAUUUUAAGCGCAAUGAUUUCAAGGCUUUAGUUUUCGAGUUCAUGGAAAACGGGAGCUUAGAUAACUGGUUAUACCCAGAAUGUCUUCAUGAGCAACGGGGAACUGCGAGCUUGAACCUCAUUCAACGUUUAAACAUCGCCAUUGAUGUGGCCUCUGCAUUGGAUUAUCUUCACUAUCAUUGCGAAGUAGCUAUCAUUCACUGCGACUUAAAGCCAAGCAACGUUCUUUUUGAUGGUGAUUUUUGUGCCCAUGUGAGUGACUUUGGUCUUGCAAAGAUUCUUUUACCAACUACAUGCAGAUCAAACAAUCAACAACAAUCAAGUUCAACUGCAAUUGGAGGAACAAUUGGAUAUGUUGCUCUAGAAUAUGGUACGGGUGAAGAGAUAUCAACACAAGGUGAUAUGUAUAGCUAUGGAGUGUUACUACUGGAAAUGUUAAUCGGAAAAAGACCAACUGAUUACAUGUUCAAUGACACUCUUAGCCUCUCUGGUUACACAAAACGGUUUCUUCCAGACAAGGUAUUAGAGAUCGUCGAUCCCCAGAUCAUAUUGGAAGAAGAGAGGCAUCCAAGUGGGACUCGGCAAACUAUCAUACCAAGCACUAAUAAACUUGAAGUUUGCCUUGUCUCAAUCCUUCAAAUUGGUGUUUUAUGUUGUGCUGCACUGCCCGGUGAGAGAAUGAAUGCUAGAGACGUCCUUGCAGAACUGAACAAGAUUAAAAAUGUAUUUCUCGGGGCGAGGGAACAAGGCCGGCAACAUGGUUAGGACGAACGAUUCUUAACUGAAUCAUGCAUGUAGCUUGUUUUGAUGUUCUAGAAAUAACUCUCUUUCUUAUCUCUCUGCAUCAGCCCCUCCUUGCUUUACUCUGUAUCAAACAAGCUAUGUAUGUGAUGAAAGUGGUUUCAUGGCAUUGCCACUAACAUU